GUAAUUUAUGAUAAAAAGUAUUAGGGAGACACGCUAAUGUUUAAUAUCUUUUAAUCAAAUAUUAUUGAAUCAAAUGGUAAUUUAUGCAGAAAUCUUAAUUCUGUAAAAAGUAGAAACAAUCUUUUGAAACAGAAACUAAUAACCAGUCCUUAGCUUUUUUUUCUUCUGAUUUUAACUGUCUUUAAACUUAAAUUCAAUGUUGCUAUUGCAUCAAAUUGCUUUUCUUUCUAUACAAAUUAGCUCCUGAAUAUAAACUAUCCACUUUAGCUCCUGAAUAUGAACUAUUUAGCAAUAAAAAUAUUGACGAGAAACCCUGUUUGGAACGCUGGUAGGGGGAGAAUUAUUGUCGACAUCAUGAUCAACGUCAUUUUUAACCUUAUCUAUUGCAUUGAAGUUCAAUCCAAUAAGCAAAUUGCAUGCAGUGGAAAUAGUCCAUUAGAUAAUAGUAUUACAUUAUAUCAAGCCUUCGUCUUAAAGCACACAAAAAAAGUAGCUGUAAUCGUCCUAAAAAAAUUAUUAGUAUAUUUAUUUUCAAAAAACUUCAAAAUUCUGUCUUGAUUUUCUUUACUGUUUUCUUGUUGAAGAAACAGUUAAUUCUAUGCUUGAAAAAAUAAAUUAGUUUCGUGUCGUGUGAUAAAAAUGAUGUCAUCAAAGGUUUUUGUACACUAUAUAAAUAAUGAAAAAGGAUAUACAAAUAUUCAUUGCAUAGGGAUCAACUUUAGUCUCAGGGGAAAAGCGAAAUAGAUGAAUAAACAAAAUUCUAUUGCUUUUUUAAUAGUGUACAUUAUUUCCCAUCUUUGACUUUUAUAACAAAUAUAAUUUUUGUUGAUGUCUGCAUUUUAAAGUUUCAUGUAAGAAAGUUUUGAGCAAUUUAUUAUUUUUUCUUUUUAGGCACUGUUGCUUUAAUAAUAAGUUGAUGAUAAUAACUAAAACUGUGAUUGAUCAACUGUAUUCUCUAUCAUAAUGUCUUAUUAUACCUUCUAUUUCAUGAAAAUUAAUAUUCAUUCUCUCAGUUUUUUAAUGUAGACAAUGAUUUGAAAAUUAUUAAAAGCUAUUAUUUUUGAUAUAUUAAAUUAAUAUUUAAUUUUGACUUCCCAUUGAAGAAUUCAUUGACUACUGUACAUUAAAGUGUUUUUUUAAGUGCUGAAUCUUUGUUUUUUUCCCCAUUUUUAAAAGAUGUUUUAGAUUCUUAUUAUUUAAAUUAAAAACCAUUGUGGGUUGAAAUUAUUUCGAACAAAUUCAAGUGUUGAUUAGCCAAAUAAUGCCUCAUUCCUCUUUCUUAAAAUAAGGCACUAAAAAUGACGUGUCACUGAUCAUCCGCAUUUCUUCUCACAAAGUUUUGAAAAUAUUAUUUUUUUGUAUAUGAUUUUUUUAGACAAUACAAAUUCUUUAAAACUCAUUCAUGUGAUUAUUCAUUUGGAAUUAAUUUUUAUUAAAGAUAUAAAAAAAAGCUAAUCAUUUGUGGUCUUUGUAAAAAUAUAAAUAUUCCAUGGAAAAUUCCUGCUAAUUUUAUUACAUAUUUACAAUUAUGUUUCUUAUAUCUCGAUUUCAAGUGAAGUUAUAAUAGACAUUCUAUCUUAAAUACUUUGUGUAAUAUAUUUCACUAUUAUGACAAGUCCUUAUGUUUGAUGCCAUUUAACUGAAUUACUAUUUUAUGUAUUUAUAUUGUGAAAUCUAAAUAAAUAGCACAUAUAAAAACUUCGUUUGAUUUUUUUUAAUAAUUUUAAUAGAGAAUAUAAUAUAUAACAUUUGGUUCACAAUACAUAAUAGUUGUAUUCAAAUAACUAAGGAAAUUUCAAAAAAGUAUUAAAAUUUUUCAUCCUUAUUAUCUCCUUUUCAACUAAAAAAAAACGAUUGUAAUUUAUGUAUAUAUGUAUCUCAAGUAAGUUCUAUGUUUUGUUAAUAAAUAUAUCUUCGUUUGCUCGGCAUGGCUAGUGAAAUUAGUGUGCAUACACUUUCCAAGAGCAAAAGCUCUGUUGAUACCAAAGAAAAGCCUUAUUCUUGUAGUAUAUGCAAUGCAUGUUUUGCUAGAAAAGGCAAUUUAAAUCAACAUAAUAUUGUUCAUAGUGGUGAAAAACCUUUUUCUUGCAGUAUAUGUAAUGUGCGGUAUUCUCACCAAAGUUCUUUAAUUAGACAUAAUCUUGUUCAUUCUGGUGAAAAACCUUACUCUUGUAGCAUAUGUAAUAUGUGUUUUUCCCUAAAAAAUACUUUAAAAAGUCAUUAUCUUGUACAUAGUGGAGAAAAACCUUAUUCUUGUAAUCUAUGUAAUAUGCAAUUUUCUCAAAAAGGUGAUUUAAAUAGACAUAAUCGUGUUCAUACUAGAGAAAAGCCUUAUUCUUGUAGUAUAUGUGAUGAGGAUUUUUCUCAAAAAGGUCAUUUAAGUGCUCACUAUCGAGUUCAUUCUGGUGAAAAGCCUUAUUCAUGUAGUAUAUGUAACAAGCAUUUUUCUCAAAAAGGUGCUUUAUAUAAGCACAACUUUGUUCAUUCUGAUAAAAAGCCUUAUAAGUGUAAUAUAUGCAAUGAAUAUUUUGCGCAAAAAAAGAGUUUAAUAAAUCAUAAUCGUGUUCAUUCUGGUAAAAAGCCUUAUUCUUGUAAUAUAUGUAAAAUAUGUUUUGCUAGAAGAACUCUUUUAAUUGAACAUAGUAAGUUCUAUUCUUGUAGUGAGUGUAAUGUGUGUUUUUCCCAUAGAAGUAAUUUAAGUAAGCAUAAUCUUGUACAUUGUGGUAAAUAGCUUCAUUCUUGUACAGUACAGAACCCGUUAUCCGGAAAUCAAAAAACC